CAGCGUGCGUAGCAACCAUCGUUGCCUGGCAUUUUUGCACCUCCCACUGGCGGCAGCUGUAAAAUUCAACCAGUCAUAUCACUCCUUGUAAAGAAUUGGCCAAUAGGAGCUACUAUGGGUGUGUCUUCAACGUUCCUUGUUCCGUGUGGAAAGUUUACCGGCUCGGGUGCAAAGUUUCAGCCGUCUGCAAACUGGAGCUCGUCGGCAGACUUCUCUGAAAUAUGCUGGGGGUGGCCUCGGUGUACUAAAACGGUUAUUACAAUCUAGUAUCUUUUAAAAACGGACCGAGCGUUUGUCUUUACAUGUAGUCAAGUGUUGUUGUCAGAUAAGAGAGGCGUGACAGGACGCGGUUAGCAUUGAUCGUAUUGUCUUGGGCACCCAGCUAGCUUAACGUGAGUCCGUUAGCUUGGAGUUGAACCGAGGACCUAGUUCGCUGAUGCCCUGGUGAUUCGGACGACGACGCGGUGAGACUGUACCUCACGUUUAAUCUAAAAUUGAAACUGAGAGGACUCUGAUACAAGAAAAAAUGGCUUGCGAACCCAAUCGUGUGCGGCUGCUGUGCAUGCUCUCACUGACUUUUGGCUUCUUCAUCGUGGAAGUAGUGGUCAGUCGUAUGACUUCCUCUCUAUCAAUGCUGUCGGACUCCUUUCAUAUGCUCUCGGACGUUAUCGCGCUGGUCGUGGCCCUGGUGGCCGUGCGGUUCGCCGAGAAAACCCACGCGACCAACAAGAACACCUUCGGCUGGAUCCGGGCGGAGGUGAUGGGGGCUCUGGUGAACGCCGUCUUCCUCACGGCGCUGUGCUUCACCAUCAUCCUGGAGGCGGUGGAGCGCUUCACCGAGCCCCACGAGAUCGAAAGCCCCGAGGUGGUCGCUGGGGUGGGGGCCGCAGGGCUCCUGAUCAACCUGCUCGGGCUUUGCCUGUUCCGCGGACAUGCCGGCGGAGGCCACGGACACUCCCACGGUGGUCAUGGUCACUCUCACGGGAGUAAGAACAAGAGGGGGAAAACCGGGAAUGGCUCAGCCGGAGAGGAGACCAACAACCUUGUGGGGAAUCACAACAGCCCGGGUGAUGCCAGACCAAGGACCGACAUCAGCUGUAAAGACGGCACAGAGGUGCAGAUGAAUGGCAACACCCAUUUCGACGAGAUGGAGCAGGACUCCUCGUCGCAGCUCAACAUGCGCGGCGUCUUCCUGCACGUGCUGGGCGACGCCCUGGGCUCCGUCAUCGUGGUGGUCAACGCUCUGAUUUUCACCUUUGUGUGGAAGCCCUGCGACCCGGACGAGUUGUGCGUGAACACGUGUGUCAACAGCCACGCCACCGACCACCAGCACGUCAACCACACGCUGGUGGACCUGGAGGGCCUGGCCGUGUCCCACGCCGGGCCCUGCUGGGUGCUCUACCUGGACCCCACGCUGUGCGUCAUGAUGGUGUGCAUCCUGCUCUACACCACCUACCCGCUCCUCAAAGAGUCGGCGCUCAUCCUGCUGCAGACCGUGCCCAAGCAGAUCGACAUGCACCGGCUGAACGAGCGGCUGCUGGGCCUGGAGGGCGUCCUGGCCAUCCACGACCUGCACAUCUGGCAGCUGGCCGGAAGCCGCAUCAUCGCCACGGCCCACAUCAAGUGCCACGACCCCACCUCCUACAUGGACGUGGCCAAGCGCAUCAAGGACUUCUUCCACGACGAGGGCAUCCACGCCACCACCAUCCAGCCGGAGUUCGUCACCUUCAGCUCCGAGUCGCGGGACUCCCUGUGCGAGCUGUCCUGCCGGACUCAGUGCGCGCCCAAGCUGUGCUGCGGCACCGCGGACAAGAAGGCCGGUGGCGAGGGCCGGCCGGGGGCGGCGGCGCUGGAGGUGAUCAGCGAGGCCACCGAGCCGGUUCAGGUGAGGCCCCGGACUGAGGCCGAGGCCGCCAUCCCCAGAGAGGUGGAGUCGUCUCUGUGAGAUGGAGGGGGGGGGACGCACCGUAACAGAGGGGGGAACGGGAGGACCACCACUUUGGGCAAAGAAAAAAAUGCUGUCAUUUCCAGAAAGCUGUAUUCUUUUCCACCUGUUUUUGCCCUUCCUACAAACUUCUUUUUCCUGAUCUUUUAUUUUUUUUCUUUUUUGUUCCCCCCUUACACGCUCAACCAUUCCCCACAUUCGGCUACUUGAGCCUUUGUUUCUAUCCAUUUCCCCCCUUUCCACGCGCAUCCCGCCCGGCCCCUCUCUGCCCGGCCCCUCUCUGCCCGUCUGUGGCCCUGGCGGUUGGGUUAUGAUGCAUGUUGGGGUUCACGGACCUCAUCUCCUCCUGGACUGGAGCGAGGCCUGCAUGAGUGUCCCUCAUUAGCACCGUGUUGUGAUGUGCCAGCUCAUCCUAUGGUGUUUCCUGUGCCAAAGCUUCUCACUGCAGGACCGAAGGGAUAGAAGACAGCCUUUCUUCUAAGCGGACUGUUGGAGGACACAUCACUAGGUUGUGUAGUUUAGCCUCUCGGACCUCUCGGCAAAAAGUCUGCCGUCUUUUUGGUGUUUUUGCGUAGGCUGUGAGCAAACCUAUUUUCUUAUCCCCUGGCUGCAAGUGGAAUAGUAUUGUAUUGCUUCAUAAUUUAAGUAUUUAAGUUAUUAGAAAUGAUUUAUCCCCCCUUCUAGAUCUUGUUUGUAAUAUUUAGUUUGGAAGACACGGAAAGAUUUUUGCAAUUUCUCUGUCUGAAUUUUUGAGACAGAUCAUCUAUGCUGUAGGUUGUGUUUUUUUUUUCCGAAUGUGAUGGUUUUUAUAAUGAUUUCGUUUUUCAUACUCUGCUCUGGCCUUGACUCGGUCUAGAUGGCGGUCGCCGGUUGGACACAAAGGCCGCGUGGACAGCUCUCACCUUGCCUGUUAAACAAAGCGCUGCGGUUCGCCGCCACGCCACGGCCACCUAAUUAAAAACUUCAUUCACAAGUUAGUCGCCUUUUUCAAGCCGGAGGGCCAGGGAGGAAAUUAGCACUGUACGCCAAUAAUGAAACACUCUUCUCUUCACGAGCCCGUACUGGAAAGCUUUCUCGUGUUGGUCGGUUCUCGCUCCAAAAUCCUCGUGAAUGUGUUCGGCACCUUGAAUACGGCCCAUGCUGAGGGAGUCUUUGUAUUUUCAGGACUCUCAACCAUAUUUACACGACCAAACUGAGACCUGAUGUUCAACAUUUAAAAGCUCCACCAAGAGCUCUUGUUGCUGCUUACCAGCUCCUACUGGUAUCCUUUGAUAUAUCUCAUGACUGUAGGGAAUGACUCAUCAUAUAGCUCGCCUGCCCUCUGCUCUGGGCAGCUGAGCAGACUGUUUGCUGAAUUAAAGUCCAUACGGUGGCCUUUGAAAUUGUACAACAUUCCCCUUGUCAGCACAUAUAUCAUCUACAGUCAGUGCAUUUCAGAUUUUCACUCUAUUAAACGUGUAUGCAAUAUUGAAAUGUGUGCUGGGAAAUGUACUUUUCUUUAUUUGUAAUGUUUGGUCACUUUUAUUCUGUCUUUUAUGACUUGAGCUCUGUGUGCAGAUUGUUUUUUUAUUUUAGAUAUGACAUGUCAGCUGGUGUUUUUGAUAUAUAUACAUAUAUAUAUAUAUAUCUCCACAGUACCUGUUCAAUAAGUCAUUGUGAAAUAAAAACAAUGUGGCUGUUUAUUACAGCUUAAUAACCCA